CACAUUGGCACAAUGACUGAGGUGCACACCCAGGACUGGACUCCAAGAGAUGAAACUCCUGGUCACAGAUGCAGUCUGCAAGAUCUGCAAGAUGCAGUUACAAGAUCUGAAUUUACAUCUUCUCACCCUUCUACAAGUGACUGAAUUUGAAAACAAUUACUUCCUUUGUUAAGUUCUUUUUUUUUUCUUUUUUUUUUUUUUUUCUUAGCUGCUCGCCUGACUGCACUGGUCAGUCUCUGCUUCCUUUGUCAGCCAGCCCAUCGUGCCAUGGCCACACAUGCCCAGCAGUGCCCAAGUUUACCUCCUGCAUCUUGCAGCUUCACUGAAACAGCAAGAAGGAUGGAUUAAAUAGAGGCUGGAGGCAAAGAGCAACAGCUCAAAUACCACUAAAAUGUGCUGGGCUGCCUGGCUGUGCACACGGGGAGGCAGAAAGCAGGGCCUUUCUCACAAGCCCCGUCCUAAAAUGCAGCCAUGGUUCCUUAGCUGCUAACUUGUGAAAGGCAGCAGCAAUGUGUGGCUAGUCUCAUGCGUGCAAGAGUCCACGGUGCAAAAGCAGCGCUGUGUGCAGGCACCAUUUAGUGUCUGAAGGCAAUGCGGGGGACAUCCAUGAGAACAGACUGCUUCACAGGACUUCUUGAGACCUUUGAAUCUGCAGCAGUGUUGCAGAAACUCUGAUAACCUCUGUGCUCUGAUCAGUGGAAACGUCAUAGCCCCCAGUCCGGGGGCUGUGCUUACUCACAGGCCCACGAGCAUAAUGAUAUUUAUUCCUCUGUCUUCCUACUAAUGUCACAUUUUCCUGUCCUGACCAUUUGUUUUUUCCCCUUUCUGAAUAUCCUCUACUUACAGUAAUUAGUAAAUAGUUUCUUCUGCCUCUUCUCAGUCUUUCAGUAUAUUUUCAGGAGCGGAUCUUCCCAACGCGGUUAAUAUAGAUGCCUUUUUACACUGACCUUCUCAAGUCAUGACAGGACUACGAUUUUCAAGGCUGGGGGAUUCCAGUCACCCUCCUAUCUAUAACUGUGCACCUAGCUACAAGUGACACUGGUACCCUGGGGAAGUCACCAGCAAUGUAUUUUCUUUCGGCUCAUGACACUUACAACUACGUGGUGUUGCAGGCAACUUCCUGAAGUGCCUACAGAUCAGCCUGUGAGCGCGGCACAAGUCGGAGUGCCUUAUCAUCUCCUCUGCAACGGCCAGGGAAAAAAAGAAGAAAAAAACAGCUGGAGAGAAAUCAUGGCAAAUUCUACAGACUGUCUCACAACUGUAAAGGAUAAUGCCACCAUUUGCAUAGACAUUUCCUACAAAGACAGCAAGACACUUCUCAUUGCUGUUUACAGCUUUGUUUUUGCAGUCGGCCUUCCAGCAAAUUGCAUAACUUCCCUGCUUACAUUUAUGCAAAUCCAAAGGAAUAAAGUAGUUGCCAUCUACAUUUUCAGUUUAUCUUUGUGCGAGCUGAUGUAUUUAAGUACCUUGCCUCUCUGGAUUAUCUAUGUGCAAAAUGAGCACAAAUGGUACAUGGGAGAACAGAUUUGCAAAAUAACAGGAUUCAUUUUUUUCUGCAACAUAUACAUCAGCAUUCUACUUUUGUGCUGUAUUUCUGUGGAUCGCUAUGUGGCAUUGGUGUAUGCUCUGGAAUCAAGGGGAAGAAGAGAACGGAAAAAGGCCAUCAUAAUAGUAUGCUUUCUCGUUGCUGCGGUUACAAUAAUCCACAGUCCAGUAUUUAAUAUGAAGAGUAUACAUAAUGAUACCUGCUUUGAGACUUUACCCCUUGACAAAACACUGGCUUCUUUCGGCUUUGCCAGAUUCCUGUUUGGAUUCGCCAUACCUUUCAUGAUCCUCAUUUUCACAAACUACAAAAUUUUCCAAAGUACAAAAACAAGUACCAGCUUGACUUGUCACCAGAAAGCCAAAGUGAAGUAUCUGGCAAUUGCCAUUAUUGUCAUUUUCCUGAUCUGCUUUUCUCCCUACCAUGUGGUACUCUUAAUAAGGUCUGUAUACUUUCUGCUUCAUACAGAUUGCUCAUGUCCAUUUGAAAAAGACAUAUACCCAGUUUUUACAGUGUUUCUGUGUUUAUCCACUGCAAACAGUGUUGCCGAUCCAAUUAUUUACGUGCUGGUUAGUGAAAACGUCAGAAAAGACGUUUUAAGGAGUCUGAGAAGAUGGAGGUCAAACUCAUCCAGGUUCAACUCAUCUGUUAGUCAUAAAACUGAGAGCAUCAGACUGAAAACAUCAAAAGAAUUGCAGGAAGGAGUACAAAGAGAAGAAAACAAAGAAAUAGCAAAUUCAUCCCACGUUGAAAAGACCUGUCAUACCAGCAAAGACCCAGAAGGUGGUAGCUAGCAGUUCGCUGCUGCAGCUAGCUGCUGACAGCAGAUAAGAAGUUCUAAACUUGAGCUGCAGACUGCAUGCUGCAGCACACAAGUAUUUACAUGCUGACCUCUGAAGGAAGGUUUUUUUACAGUACAUGAGCCAGCAACUCCUAGAGGACUCUACCGGAAUGAUGCUUCUUAUUUAUGUUUCUCUCCUACGAUAAAGUUUGCCCACCAGUAUCAUCAACGCAAACCUUGCUUGGUGAAGGAUGUGUGGAAUAAACUAUGAAAUUUACUUUGACUCAAACUGAAGUCUUAAAAGCUUAUUUUUUUGGAACUGCUCUUCUCCUUUCACAAACUGAGAGAUAGUUUUAUCUUCUGAGUUGGACAAAAAAGAAACACUGCACCUAGGAAAACAAUGUAAGGCCCAUUCUUCUGGUUGAAAUUACUAGUUCUCGAGAAGGUACAUGUUCAGAUUCUCAUACACAUGCACCGUUGUUAACGUUUGCGGUUAACCAGUGGAAAAUAUUAAAAAUGAGGAAGUCUUUCAAAAAGAGCCUUGAAAAUGUUCCUAAUGCAAAAGUAUGCAGCUUUAUCUAGCUUGCACAUUCUGAAUAUAAUAGAGGGCAAAAUAGUGUCCUGAAAACACAUAGCAACAGUACUUCCACAGUAUUACUUGAGAAACGGCACUGUCCUGAUAUUCUUAAAAUGUACAUUUCUAAUGCUUAAUAUUUUAGAAUUAGUAGAUUUUACUUGUUUUGCAAUAAAUUCUGGAAUGCACUGAGGUAUAUAGAAAAUGUAUAAAUUUCCAAGUGGAACUGGGGACUGUUUUUAUGCCAUCUCUGAACAUUUGUUGAAGUUGUGUUUCAUUUCUGACUAAGAUAACAUUUCCCUCCCGGUAUUGAUCUGUUGUUUUUCUUAGUGUGUAGGAGUCUAUACAAGAGGUAAGAGCCUUACAGAAAACGAAGGGUGGCAGCAUGGAGAACGUAGUCCCUUUUGCACAUAGAGAGGGACUGCCUUGGACAUGCUGGUGGUGCAUAAUGAGACUAUGCUGGACAGAUUUCGUUGUUACUGCCUCUGCUUUUGUUGUGAAUAAAUUACUGAUGGCAGUAUCCUGUGCCCUCAAACCAGAAAUUACAAAGUAAGAAGCAUAUAAACCUGCCACCUGGCAAGAUUUAACUGAACACUUUCUUCGUAUUUUUGUGUGAUCAAAAUAAAACAGGAAAAGAUCAUGAACCAAUUGCAUGUUUGAGUACAAGUUUCUAAAGUGUUCCAUGGUGUCAUUCUGCUUUAUCUGCAAUGUUGUAUUUCAGUAAUAUUUUUAAAAUGCCAUUAAUGUCCACAUUUCUGAAUCGAACUAAUAUUAGCCAAGGUUAAUGUAAAUAUUUGUUAAUGUUUUAAAAUUGUCAUAGAUAUUUCUGUACUUUAUGCUUGAUUCUUACACACUUUUUGAAAGAAGCAUUGUGCCAAAACAGCAUUUCCUCAAGUAAUUGUAUUUAUGAUGUAUUUAAUUUUUGUAUUAUUUAACGACUCCUCUGGCAUCUUCCUAUGAAAUGUUUGUGUCCUCAAAAAUUGUUCACAUGGUACUGAAUGGACUAGAAUAUUGUUUCUAGGAAAAAUGUGAAAUUCUGUUGUGAUGUUAAUUAACAAAUAGUGUUUUUCUAUUUCCAUAUGCUUCCUAGAGAUCAAACUCUCUAAGGUGUAAAGGAGAGAUUCGUGAAGUGCUGAAUACCCACAACUUUGCUGAAAAUCAGACUUUCCGUUACUAAAAAAAAAAAAAAUCAGUAGCAGGCGUUGCUCGUAACAGCACCAGUGGUGUUGGUUAAUCUCUGAAGAUGCGUAUGCAAACUGCAACAACCUCAGGAUUUUCGUAGUCUGAACGUAAAACUUUGAUGAAUAACAGCAGUGAAUUUGGAAGAAACCAAAGAGACAGACUUCUGAACUGACUGAAAUGGAUGCAAAUUAGAUAUUCACCCUGAUGAAUUUAGAAAUCGCUCUUUGAUGUUUUUUCUCUGAUAAAAAGUGAGUGUAUUUAGAGCAAACAAUAUCGGAGUCCAGGGCCACAGAAGCAGGGGACAGGAAUUAGCAGGGUCUGAUGCAACAACAGUAAUUCUUUUUCCUUGCCUAAUUUACUUGCCGUUCCAAAUUACUUUAUCAUUGCGCAUCUUCUCUUAAUGAAAAUCCUUGGAGCAUCUGUGUCCAGACACACUCUGAAAUAAACCCCUCUGCAACCUGAUGUAACUUCAGAGAUGACCUACAUGAUCUCCAGCGGUCCUUUCCAACCUAAAUUAUUCUGUGACAGAAUGCUGAAGGGAUUACAGGAGCCAGGUACCAAGCAACGUAUCCAUACAGGAAAACUGCAAAAUCCUAACUUCUUUAGGAGUUAUAAGUAGAAAAACAGUUUUAUGGCUGAGUGAAGACACCAAGAAAUGCUAUUUCCAUGUUGUUAAAAUAUCCCAUCAGGUACUGACUGUUCCCACGUGAUAAGUUGAAGCGUGUGAUCUCAGUGUUUUGUCACACAGUAUCUGAGGCACAGUAUCAUAAGGCAAAUGAAGAACCUCAACACUGAGACACUGGCUAGAGACCCAGCCAAGGACACUAUUAGGAUCAGAACGGAUCUGAAAGGUUGAUUGAUUGUGUGGAUCUUUCCAUCAUUCCCCCCUGGAAGGAAAACACCAGUGAGCCUAUAGGGACCGCUUCAGUCUGUGAGGAACAAUUCACCUACUACAUCUUAUCUGCAGUUCUCAACCCAGCUGUUUGGAUCUGCCCCUGGAAACCUGCCAGCUUUCUCAACUCAUUUUAAGCUAUAAGAUGACUUGGAGAGAGUACAGAACCAAACCUAGGCUGUGCUUCCUAACUUGAUCUUUAGAUGGCCAGGUUUCCACAGAAACUUCAAAGCAAUAAGUUGCUUACAAGCAUAACAGGGGACAGAGUACAAAUUCCACUCUAUUUUGUAUUCAGCAUUUACUCAGGUAUAAUUUCCAUAAUUUGAUUUAAAGAGUAGGCUACUUAGAACCAUAGAAUCACAGAAUCACAGAACAUCCUGAGUUGGAAGAGACCCAUGAGGAUCAUCGAGUCCAACUCCUGGCUCCACACAGCACCACCCAAAAAAUAACCAUGUCUGAGAGUGGUGUCCAAGUGCUUCUUGAGCUCCGUCAGGCUCAGUGCUGUGACCACUGCCCUGGGAGCCUGUCCCAGUGCCCGACCACCUCUGGGUGCAGAACCUUUUCCUGACACCCAGCCUGACCCUCCCCUAUCCCAGCUCCAUGCCGUUCCCUCGGGUCCUGUCACUUUCACCAGAGAUAAUAAAUAAAAGAUUAUUUUUACAUGUGUCUCAGCCAUUCUUAGAGUACGUGGGAGAUAAGUGGAUUGCUGAUUAUUUUAAGUAUGACUGUGAAGCGUAAAGUGAAUAAUUUUUGACUAUCAACUAGAGCUGGCCAAACUAGUUUUUGCAGAUAGUAUGUAUUUUUGUUUAUUCAUCGAUUUUAAACUAAUUGCAAAUACUGCACUUUUAAGUCUUUGCUUGUGGUAACACUCUGAAAUCUCCACUCCUGUCUAAGAAGCAAUCAGUAUGCUCAGUAGCAAAUUUUGCCUCAAGAGGACAGUUAAACUUCCUCUACAAAACAUGCAAACCCAGAUAUGAAUAAACUCAGACUCUCAGAGCGUGACAAAGUUUC